AUUACGCCACAACUCGACGUCUUUGUCCAAACAAUCAAGAAGUUUUCACCUCACUGUAUACGUUUUCUGCAUUGCAAGUGACGAGAAAUCAAGAUUAAUGGUGUUAUCAAUUGAUAAAUCGGCCGCUAAACUGGAUUUGAAUUUUAGUAGACAUGAAGAAAAAACGUCGCAAAAUAGUGAACUUGAUAGUUUCAACAUCAACGACAACGUCAUCAAAAUGUCUGCCGACAGGGAAGCACUGGAGGCAGGAAAAAGCUAUCUCUUCACCCUUGGUAGAGCGCCUCAGCAGUGCUCCGAUGUUCCCUCGGGGUCAGACAACGGUCUUAUCCUUGAGAGUGUCACUGAGGAAGAUGAAAAACCAGGCCUUUUGGCCUCGCCAUUCUUCAAGAAAAGCCAAGCUGGAGGAGGACCCAGUGACACUAACUACAUCCGCUUCCUCCAUCACUUGACGGAUAAUUUGUUGGUGAAAUGGGAGUCCAUAUUGCUGGAAUCUCGUUUGUACAUCCAGCUGCCAGAGGCCAGCUUGCACCAGGGAGGUCGAGACAGCUUGGUGGAGCUUCUUGACAUAGCCGAGGAACAGCUAGGAUGCAGUCAGGUCAUCAUCAUGUUUACUCGAAAGAGAUCUGAUAAUGCUCAAUUGAUGAGAACGUUCAAGUUCCUUGGAUUUGAAACGCUUCCUCCUGGCCACCAGUGGUUGCCACCUGCUACAGACCAUUUGUGUAUGGCAUACAACAUCUAGUUGUGAACCCAAGAAUAUAACUGUACAGCAUGCAACAUCUCUUCUCCAACUCAAAUAGGUUAUUAUGGCAAACAACACGUAGUGUAAGAUUCAACAGACCAUUGUGGUUUGCAACAUUCUGUCUCCAUCCAAACAUUAGGCCAUCGUGGCAUGCAACAUCUAGCCCUGAACCCACCAACAGACCUGUAUGAGAAACAGCAUCUGGUCUUCAGCUCUGUAGUAGAGUACUAUGGCAUGAAACCUGUAGUGGAAAGCACCAUGUCUUGGUGGCACACAACAUUCUAUCUCCAUUCAAACGUGAGACCAUUGUGGCAUGCAACUUCUGGUCUUGAAUUUAAAAUCUGCCUCAAUGGUAUACAACGUCUAGUCUGGAAUACAACAACGGGCUGUUAUCAUUUACACUAAGAUGAAGUCAUCGUAUGUUUUCUUUUAUGAAUAUUGUGCAGUUUAUUUGCUCUUUGUGAAAUUAGUAUCAAAUCAAUUGUAAUAGAGUUAACCGUGUGUUGUAAUACAUGAAAAACAAUGAUAAAAAGUGACUAAGAUACACAGUUUCUUUCAUUUUCUUGUAACCUCGUAGAGUGACAUGUUAAAAAUUGCUGCAGAAGUUGUCACUCUCAGAUAUUAUUGAGAUUUGUAUGGGCUGUUUACUAUAAAGCAAGAAUGUUUUUAUUCAGAUGUAUACAAUAUACUUUAGAAAAUCCCUUAGCUUGGACUUUUUUGGCACUUUUUAUGAUAUGAAGAGCUAAAAAUUAUUUUUUAAACAGUUGUAUUCCCCCCCCUUCUCUAAAUGUUGAUUGAUACAUGUACGCAUAGCUAAAGUUGAUUGUCAUCCACAUCCCACUCAUUUCACAUAAUUUACAUUUUGGUCACAAAUUCGUGAAAGUAUUGUAAUAUCGAGAUGAUGGAUAAGAUCUUAAGAUUGAAUGUUUUACAAGUUGAGAUUUGAAGAAAUGUCAUUUGCCAAACAUGGACUUAAUGUGUACAAAUUAUAUUUCUCGUUUUGUUUUCUAAGCCUGAGCUAUGUCUGAAGUAGUUGAUAAAUUCAUCCUGGCAUCAUUCUCUGAUCACACUGAAUAUUUUGUAAUUUGGGACUUGAUUGUGCACAUUUUGGUAUUUCACAUAAUAUAUGAUCAACAUACUACUUUUGUUUUGUGAUUUACUGUACACGAACAAGUGGCCUGGUAAUUGUGUUUGUGCAGUCAUGGUUGUUUUGGGCACUGCAGUUGCUUAUACAUGUAUUUGUGUUUUAUUCAUGAAGGAAAGUAAAUGGGUGGAAAUAUAUUCACUUUAUUUCUUUGUUGUGUUAAGUUUAAAAUUGCAUAAAACUCUGCUUUUAUAUAUUUAAUUUGGUGACUGAAGUUUUGAAACAAAUUGUAUGAUUUCAUUGUCUCAUGCAUAUUGAUAAUAUAUAUGGGUUUUCUAAUAUUCAAAGAGGUAAAUUAACAAAUGUAAGAAAGAUUGAAAAUAGAAUUGAUGAAUAGGGAGUCAGUGGCUCAAAACUAAUAGCAUGUACUUUACAAACUCAAAUUGUACCGCAUCCCCCCCCCCAAAAAAAAUAUUGGUUCUAUUUGCAAAAUCUGGGGUACAUGUAAUAUGUAUAUAAAAGAGAGUCAUGAUGCGUAUUAUUGCUUGUGUUUGGUUACAUGCAUUGUUUUAAACCAUAAGUAUCCUCACCUCACAUGAACUACUCUCUUCAGGAAAGAAAAAGAAAGUUACAUAAUCUGAUGGAUACAGACCACCCAAACUGUGACCAUUGGGUAUUAAAGAUUGUUUAAAAAAUAAGAUCUAAUAGCUUUAUAUAACAACCGGCCGACCAAUUUUUUUUCUAUCUACUACCACAUACAACCUUAUAGGGGGGGGGGGGGCUCGUGUAAAGACUUAACCAUGUCAUUGUGCUUUGUAUGAGAAGGGGUUUAAUUUCAUGUGCAGAGAUAUAUUCCAUGCACUUGUGUUUCUUUUGGUCCAUCUUGUUUUGUGAUUCUUCUAGUCUUUUAAUCACAUGUAGGAAUUGUUUUAUUGUAAAAUAAAUAGACAUAAAAGAGCAA